AUGACAGGAUUUCUCGUCAGCCCGAACUACAAGCCACUUGAGCUUGAGCAACGAGAUCACGAGAUCUCGCUUAUUGCGUGGGGGUUUACGCUGGGGUUUGGGUAUCUGGUGGCAUGGAAAGGAUAUAAACAGACGUCGCGGAUACCUAGGAGGAAACGCUUUAAGUCGAUGUACUUUUGGCUGAUCUGGGGGGAGAUUAUCGCAGUGUUUGGAUAUGGAUGUUUAACGUGGCUACACGUUUCUGAAUACGCUGGGCCUAGCCUUUGGUUGUUUUUGGGGAUCUGGGUCUUCUGGAUGGUCCAGACCAACACUCAGUCUCAAAUCAUCAUAAACCGCAUAGCAGUUAUUAUAGUCGACAAGCGGCAGAUCAAGCUCGUUCGGCGCUGGGUGUUUGCAAUUAUAACGGUCCUGUGUUUCAUCUCCGCUUUCACAUGGAUAGGUGCUUCGCUGCAGAUAAAUUCAAGGUUUAUCCGUGGCGAAGAGGUGCAUACCCGGCUCGAAGGAGUCAUAUUCAUCAUCAUCGACAUCUUCCUCAACGUUUAUUUCAUCAAGAGCGUCAAGAAACAUCUUCUCGAGGCAGGGCUGGAGAAGUAUAGGCCUCUGACAAAUUUCGUUAUCGGUAUCAUCUGCAUAUCUAUUGGGAUUGAUAUGCUUGUAGUAGGGAUGAUGAGCUACCAUAACCCAAGAAUAUGGCUCCAAUUCCACCCUCUCGGCUUCAUCGUCAAACUCAAUAUCGAGCUCAGUAUGGCCGACCUAAUCCGCAAGAUUGCGCGCAAAAACGACCUGGGAAUGAUCAACAAGCCCUUUGAGCUGUCGCAGAACAAUGCAUUUUCAGACUUCAACUUUGAGAUGCAGCGCGACACUACAAACAGCACCAUCUCGAAGCCACCAGAGGUCUUGCUCGACAUCGACUCCCUUAGGAGUAGAAACAUCUCCACUACUGGCUCUUCCAGCGAUCAGGCAACUAGUAGCACUGCGGCUGCAGCUACAUACCCUGGUACUGGAGCAGGUGAUGAUAGGUUGCCAGAGGAGAGGGACUGGGAGAAGAUGCAGAAGCGGCGGCAUAGCUAUAUGUCGUGUUUGAGAUAG